CAUUUUUAUAAUCGUUCAAAAAUUAAAUCAGUCGAGUGAUUUUUACAAAAACGCAAUAUGCAGACGUUUUUUUGAAAAGCCAAAAAUAUUGUAGUUCUGCCGAAUAUGGCGUUAAAGCAUAAUUAGUGAAAGCGAUUCCUCUUUUUUCAGAGGCUUUUUGUCGUUGGUUGUCAAUGAAUUAUGAAUGCACUUGAUAAAGCGAAACGUCGAUAAGUCUAAACGUUAAUCUGUGUAUAUAUUUUUUCUCCGUCUUUCGCACUGUGCAUUGUAUAUGCCUUCAUUAUGUGCGCGAUACGACACAUAGGCAGCAACAGCAGUGAAGAAGAAAUUCUUAUAAACGUAUAGAGGACAAAUUAAAAAAAUGAUCCAGAAAACCCGAAUUAAAAUAGCAAAUGAACGUGUUUUAAUAAUAAUUUUUUCAUAAAAAUCACCGAAAUCUAAUUGAAAAUAAAUCAAGAUAGCAAAUAGGGUUUUAUAAGUCAAAUUAGAAAUAUAUAAAGAAAUUUUACACUGCCGAAUUUUAAGGCAAAUAUGAGUCGGUACCAAAAUAAGACCAAACCAGCCCAUGCCGUUUCAUUGGAAAACACUAAAAGGAUGUCUAUGCGGCGUCAACUGGAUCAUGAAAGCGGAUAUUACGAAGAUGUUAGCGAUGGUCGUUAUUGUCACGGUAAUAACAAUAAGCGUCAAACACUGCCUUCAAAUGAAGCCAGAAUAAAGCGCCAGAAAAUUAUGCAGUCUUCCGUUCGGGCAACUGUCACUACUACCACUACUUCUGCAACGCAUGUCGAAAGUUCCGCAAACAAGAUGGUUUACUACGCGUCAAAUUUAAACAACCUGAACAACAAUUACACGUCUAAUGCGCUGAAUUCUCAAAGUGCAUAUACGAGGAGCGCAAGUUUUUUGCAUAAUAAUAAUAAUAAUGUUAACAAAUACAGUAGUAAAGAUAAAGGCAAUGCUCUCUUCAAUAAUGGAACGAACAGAAAGCCCGCAAUUAACAUUGAUGCAAUACCUCUUCCUGGCGAGAUAGUAGAGGUAAAGGAUAGCGACAGCGAAGAAGACGUACCGCAUACUUCAAAAGCUAGAAAUAGCAAAUAUGCCAACGGACACUCUACUCCCAUAACCAAUUUACCUACGUAUAUGGUAGACGAAGGUACUAACCGCAGCUACAGUAACCAGCACUAUUGUAAACUGGAACCGUCAAAUAACUACAGUCGCAAUGAUCUCUCAUGGGGCAACGUUCAAAGGGGCUCAAAACAAACAAAUACGGCUGACAGCGAAGAAAAAAGUUCCACUAAUGCAAAUGGAGAUUUCGAACGUUUGCAACGCGAAAUAGAAGAGGUCACCCAGGUGCAUACGAAAUGUACUGCUACGGAUGAUGAAAAGGUCAAUCUUUCUCACUUUACGCUGAUACGUGUUCUAGGCACAGGUGCUUACGGGAAAGUGUUUCUAGUACGUAAAAAUGGUGGGGAUGACGAUAAGAAGUUGUACGCCAUGAAGGUCUUGAAGAAAGACACAGUUGUUCAAAAGAAAAAAACAGCGGAGCAUACGACAACCGAGCGUCAAGUGCUCGAAGCUAUACAACAAAGUCCGUUCCUCGUAGGCUUACAUUAUGCUUUUCAAACGGAAUCGAAACUCUACUUAGUUUUAGAUAACGUUAGUGGUGGUGAAUUAUUUACACAUCUUUAUAAAGCGGAACAUUUCUCGGAAGCAACUGCUAAAAUUUAUAUAGCCGAAGUGGUUUUGGCUCUGGAGCACCUGCACAAGCUGGGCAUAAUCUAUCGAGACAUAAAGUUAGAAAACAUUUUGCUGGAUGGUCAGGGGCACAUUGUGUUAGCAGAUUUUGGAUUAUCGAAGAUAUUUUCGUCAGAGUCUGAUCAUAGGGCGCACAGUUUUUGCGGUACUCUGGAAUAUAUGGCUCCGGAAAUAAUACGAGCUGGCCCUGGUGGCAACGAUCUUGCUGUGGAUUGGUGGUCAGUUGGAGUGCUUACCUACGAAUUAUCAACUGGGGCUUCGCCCCAUUAUACUCAUAGGCGAGAAGAAAGGCAAUCAUAUCAACAUCGCUGCCAUGAACGUCAAACGGCAAUAUCAUCAUUUGUCUCUACAACGUCUUACUGAAAACGUUGUAAGGAAGCGUUUCGCUUCCUUACGGAAUACAGGUCCGUCCGCCUAAAACGUUUACCCGCAGCCAUCAACUUGGCAGUGUGAUUUGUCCGUGCACGUCUUCCUACUGAUACAUGAGCAGCCUCCUCCCGCAUAAACUGUAUAAACAUACACGAGCAUAGAAAUAUGUAGGAAAAAAAACGUAUAAAUGCCUAUAGGCCAUGCAAAACAUAUACACACGUAUAAACACAUAUGUAUAAAAAUGUAUAAGAACAUACGAUCAUGUAUAAACUGUAUAAACAAACUCGACCAGCUAAAAAUGUAUUAAAAUGUAUAAAAAUGUAUAGGCUAGGCAAAAUGUACAGGAAUGUAGGAACGCGCAUGCAAAAAUGUAUAAACACACACGCAUAAACAUGUAUAAACACAUAGGACCAUAUAAACAGAAAAAUGAGCAAACUCUACAUAAAAUCUAUAAAACUGUAGAAACGCAUUCAAAGUAUUCGCAGGUAAGGAG